AUGCCAAUGCCAAUGCUGCUGCUGAGUCAUCCAAUCGACCUCCGACUUCCGCCGUUCCUCAUUGGCCUGAGCUACAACGAUGGAGCUCUCUUUCUCAUGGUUGACAUCAAUGAUUCGACAUCCGAACUUUCUCAUUACGGUCCUCUCAUGAACCAUCAGAAGAGCAUUCCUUCCGCACGAGCAUGGACGAUGCUUGAUUGCGACAGAGUCUUCCGAGACUGCAAUUGUAUUUCACCUUGUUCACCACCGCCGCCCAUUCUUAAAUCUGAGCCGACACAAGCACACCAGGCAGCAGAAGACGUCUUCCGCAAGCCCAUAAGUCGGUCUGUCGAGAGUCUCCGUCGUCAGCAACGCAUAAUUGUACAUACAGAGCGCGCCAGCAGAGCCAGGCUCCCAUCCGGUAAGGUUACCAGCUCUCGAACGACUGUAGCAUCCGCGAGAAGAGCGAGCCAACUUGUCCCGAUCAUCGUCUCCCAAGAGCGAGAGCUAGAAAGACUGCGCAGUAUUGUGGCCUCGGACGCUCUUCAGCUCUUGACGCCGACCUCUCGAAGGCACAACAGACCCUCAAUGCAAAGGACGCCACCUGCGUGGUAUAUCGCGAUGGACCCUGCGGUUCAAGCCGGUCCUAGAUCGCCGAGACCACGAGGCUCUUCUUUUCGCUACCAACGUGCUGUUCCAAAUCGGGCAUCAAAGCCACGUCCCGUCCGUAGAAGACCAGUUGCAGGUCCUUCGGGAUCCCCAAGUCAGCCAAAAGCGCCAAACUUUGGCAACAGUCCAUCCAGAAUCCGAGGUCACCCUCUGUCGGCCAUGGCGGAUCCUGGCCACACCUUUCAGCACCGCGAAUCGGUGGCGUCCCACGAGAGAAGAUUCGGAGUUGCUGAUCCACAGCUAAAAGCUGCAGGAGAGCUACCUGUCUCUACCCCGACACCAGAGUCGGUUGCAUCGCUUCACACAGUUACAGCUCUUCUUCCGUAUGAGGAACAGUUCCAAGCUGUUGGUCUAGCAGUGACUUCUGAACAGCAGCGUCAGAAGUCGCCGCCCAAACCGUCUCCCAAAAAGGACAUGAAGACGAAGAAUCCAUCAGACAUCGAAGCAGAGCCAAUCUCGACUCGCUCUAGGGACACCAGAAAACAAGCUGAACCAGGCCACCUUCAGCUUAAUGGCUUGAGGAGCGCUUCAACAAGCUCAUCCGAUUCAUCAACUUCUGGUACGCAGGUUGCCUUUGCACAGCCAGACGCCUGGGAGCUCGCCUUUAUCGACGAAGUUCCCGCCAAGAAAGAAAGUUCUACUUCGAGAUGUUGUAACCUACCUUGCUUCCAAAAUACGAGAGACGAAUCGAUCGACAUGCCAACGGGUCGGCUACCUCCCGCUCCGACGCCGACAACAGUUGACACGCCAAACAAGAUACUGGCAAAGUGGGAACCAGUCUACCCCCAGAAGACAGAGGCGCUACAGGGCUGGCGUGAGAAAGCCUCUCGAGAUGUUCGAGCCAAAACAUGGCACGGCAACACGGCACAACGUCCAUCAACCUAUCGGCCACUCAGGGAGGCUCCCCCUUCUCGCAACGAGACAGAAGCACCAAGUCCCAAAAGCAAGUCUCCAAGGAAAGCGGUACCUCAUGACUUGGACGACGAUAAACCACCCAUACCUCCAAGGGCCCAAGCUCGUAUCGAUCGUCCGAGGAAGCAAUCAAAGGCGCUGAAGCUCGAAUCUUCAGCCCCUAAGGGGAUACGUAAGGAGUCUCAGCAAAACGUGUUUUCAGAUCAGGAAAACUUCCCACCAGGAGAUAAAGCCCUUCCUGUCAUAGCCAAAAGACCAGUGAAAGCCACUGUAUUAUCAGAGUCAGACGAGAACACUGUCGAAGUACAGGCUCAGGAGCCAUACAACACCAAUAUCUCCACAGGAUCGAAACAGUCAGCUGGCGUUGUAGACAAGCCUCUCAGGGUUUCGAUCAGGCAGCCCGAACGCAAGGCUAAGGAAAAGGCCGCUCUUCUGAACAAGCCUACACAAACGGAUUUUGAGCAUCCGCCAAUUUUCCAAUCUGGGAGGAUGUUCAGAAGCCUGCCAGGACCCGCAACAGAAGUGGAAAGAAGAGAACGGUCGGCUCAGACGAGUCGCGGAACUAUCACACCUAACCCUGCUCUACCGUCCACAUGGAAACUGACCUUGAGCUCAUCCUCGUCACUUGAAGUAGCCAUGGAAGCCGCUUCACGGGAAAUGAAGAUGCAAGAAGCCAGGCGAUCCAGGCAUGAGACACUCAGAGGACAAGACUUGGAGACACAAGCUAUUCCCUACAUGGCUGCAGAAGCCGAACAUGACGAGCCACUCCCAGAGCCCGUUGACGAGGAAGCUCCCUUACCCUCAGCUGAACAACCCGAAGAGGGACGAGAACCGCUGCGAGGUAGUGAUAACUCGGACCCCAAGGAGCAGGACGACAAAGAAAUUGAUGACAGAGAUGUUUUGCGAGGUCUCCACAUCGCCAUAUCGGCUGCUUGUAACGAAGAGGUCGACGCAUGGAUCCGACAAAAGACGGGUGUGCGCAUUCGUCGAUUCUUGGCAGACUUGAAGGCCUUUGAAACGCUGGGUGAAGAGGCCCAACCGGAUCCAGCCAAAGAGCGCGCGAGGAACAGGAGAGCCGACUCGAGGAAACUCAAGGCACAGAUUCGACAAUCUAAAGCUGCCAGGGAAGCAAGAGCAGCAGCACAGUGA